AUUUAUGGGGUAUGGGGUAUUGUUGGAAGUAAACUACUUGACUUGUAAAUGAAUUUUCCUUGGCCAUAGGAAAAUUUAUGAUUGAAUCCAGUUAAAAUCAAUUUGGACGAGCUUUGGGCUAACUGCUUGAUUUUAUAAAAGUAUCACCAUACUCAACAAUUAUAGUACAAUGGAAGAUCAAGUUCUUACCAAAGAAACAUGGCCACAAGAAGCCGAGGCGGCGAUCAACGACAUACGCAAACACGUGAAAUCGGCCAACAUAUCAACCCAGCUGAAAAACGACAACCAGCGGAUUUACAUCAACCUCACAACCCUGGAGAACUCCGACUAUUGCGUCGAAAUGUCCGCCGCCGGGUUCAGAGUCGUGGGCCGGACUUACGACGACACAACCCUAGCGAUCAUCGAGAACAUGAAUUAUGAAACCCCCUACGCCUUGCUCAAUAACAUCAGUCAGAAAUACAGGGAGUCUUUCGGUGGUGAGUUGAUGAACAAACUACUGGAUCUCGCCAAAAAGGAGACUUGAAUUUUGAGUCGUUUGCAGACGAUUUUAGAGCUUAUUUUGUAGCAAACAGCCUUACUAGACAUAGAUGUCACAUACACGAGCUUUUGGAGAAAUAUUGUUGGGUUUCCGAAUUUCCGAGGGUUGUUUAAAGUGAUUAGAAGGUUGUAAUUGGCGACUGUUGAAACUGUCAGUAUUUAUCAGUGCUAUAAAUGUAUUUAAAGUAAAAAAUAGACCAAAUUAGGAUAAAUUGUAAUCGUAAUAGAUAGUGUUUCUGAAGGUAAAACUACCGACAUGAACUGGAUUCAUUGU